AUGACGAUUUCUGUGCAUGAUACUUCUGAUGAAGAGUAUCACAUUACAGAUGAUAUCUUAUUAGAUGAUGAUUAUCUGGAUCAUAUGGAUUAUCAAUUGAAAGAACAGAAGAACGUUACAAAUUUAAGAAAAAUAUCAGACACAAGUAAAAAAGAGAGAGAAAAAAUAGAACAAUCAAGCCAUGAAGAUAAAAAAAAUACAUACACUGGUAAAGACACAAGAGAAAUAAACAUUUUUUCUAAUGAAAAUCAGGGAGUAGUUAAAACUAAUUUAGCUGGACAAUCUGUGAUUGCUACGACUCUGCAGGAUGAUGAAAAUAACUUUGACAAUGCAAAAAAUGACUCGGAAGUGACAUCAAAAAUUAAUACAGACAUAUGGAGGCUAUCUUUCAAAGACGCUGUACUGGUAAGGUAUUAUCAAAGAACCGCGUGGAAGUAUUACAUAGGAUUCUUGGAAGACAGUUUUAAAAAAGAAGGAAAAUCUUAUUUUACCAUACGAUUUCUGAAAACCAUUAAAAAACCGGAGCUAAAGUUUGUAAUUCACAAAAUAAAAGAUGAAGACACUGUAACUGAAGAUUUAAUAGUUAAGCAGGUUAAAAUAACACAAAACACAAAACGACCAAAAGAAUACUUUUUAGCUGAUCCUAGCGAUAAGGUUUAUUUUGAGUAG